GGAUUCGCGACGCCCGCCACUGCGCCCUCUCGACGUGCGCCUCGUAAAAGCGCACCACCACGCCGAGGCGUCGCGACGCUUUUAUCACGAGCUUUAGUACGUGUUCGCGCUCGCGUCCGGCCACUCACCAGCUCGUUGCGCGGUCCGAAAGCGCUUUCUACAAUGCGCGCUUACAGAAAAAAACAAAUCGUAGAUAUAGCCUAAAAGUUUAAACUUUACACCAUGCAUUCGGAAUAUGUAAAGCUUUUUGUGAAAAAAUGUAAGUAAAAAACGCAAAAUUUCACACAUCAAACAAAAAGACUUUGCGAAAAGCUCUCAAAAGCUCAAAAUUAACUUUAUUUAAUACGGUUGGUGUAUUUUAUGAUGUACUAGUGGAAAAUAUGACCGAAACAAGACGAAACUAAUACCGGAUGAAAAGUUUUUGAUAAAUUACUCAGUCAAUGUGGAUUUUAAACUAACACGACGGAGAUCCACCGAAAUGAAUGCAAAAUGCAAUGUGUCUAAGUUUAUAAUCUCUCGGCUACUUACACCGCCCGAGUGAAACGCACGAGUUUCGGAAACACGUUCGAAAUCGUGCGGCUUUCGCGCUCGCGAGAGCUUUCGCAGCUUUUAACAAAUGACGCGUCGGCGGGCGCAACCAGCGACGAUUUAUCGCUCGAAACUAAUUUAAUGUUUGAAUAUGCGUGCAUAUUUUCUUAAUUAACUUCAAACAAACACAUAAAUUUAAUUUGGACACAAAGCAUAAUAUUACAAUCUAUACAGUCAAAUUUUUCUAGUGUAUCGAUUAAUAGAAAACAUUAAAAGAGCAUUAGCGCAACGUAAAUGAAGUUAUUUUUAGUUGCAGACGCUUUUGUAGUCGAAAUAUUCGCGUGGAUAAAAUUCAAACAAAUAAAACACGAACAAAUAAUUUAAUUUCGCUGCAAAUUUGACGUGUAUUUAUUUUUAUUUUUAUAUGUAGCAAAAGUUUUGAAGUUUGAAGCUCGAGAAUUUAAUUUAAAAUAGUUAGAACGUCACGCAUCACAAGUUAGGUUAGAUAACCUCAAAGCAAAAUGUAGAAUUAGACCAUUUGUCAUGUUCCAAAGCAAAAUAAAUUACAUCUGACUGUCAAGGUUUAGCCAUCAGUCUGCAUUUCCCGCCGCCCAAAAAUAAUAUAUUGCGUUGUCGCAUUAACCAAACCGCAUUAAGCUUUCAUACAUUUAAAAAUUACGAGCAAAUAAAAUAAAACUCAAACGGAAAUUUUCUCUUCCCCCGUGGACUGACUGAGAGGAAAUCAAAUACUCGAAAAUUAUCGCAGGUGUUUGAUAAAUGAUUGAAUCAUGAUGCUUGAAGAUAGUGAAACGUUUUAUGCUGAAAAAAUGUGAUUAAAUAAGUGAGGAUAAAAUAAUGUGAAAAACAAUGACACAAAGAACACCAGUGGACAACGCAAACGCGACGUCAUACGAAGCCAACUCGACCUACAUCAACGCCACCCUCUUCAACCAUCCGACGGCGGCGAAUAUUUCCACAUUGGAAAUCUUCGACUAUCGCCAUCAAUCAUGGCCGCUCAUCCUUCUUGUGGUGCUCAAGACAACCCUAAUGGCGUUGAUCAUCAUCGCCGCACUCUUCGGGAAUCUCCUCGUGAUUGUUUCAGUGAUGCGACAUCGCAAGCUGCGCAUCAUCACCAAUUACUUUGUGGUCUCGCUGGCACUCGCCGAUAUGCUCGUUGCCAUCUGGGCGAUGUGUUUCAACUUCAGCGUGGAGAUCACGGGCGGUCGAUGGUUAUUCGGGUACUUUAUGUGUGACGUGUGGAAUUCUUUAGACGUCUACUUCUCGACUGCAUCAAUUCUUCACUUGUGUUGUAUAUCAGUCGAUAGAUACUAUGCAAUUGUGCAGCCGUUAGACUACCCGUUGAUCAUGACCAAUGCGAGGUUAGGUGUGAUGUUGGCUGUGGUGUGGUGUUCGCCGGCGCUGGUGUCGUUUUUGCCUAUAUUCAUGGAGUGGUAUACAACCGCGGCGAACUUAGACUUUCGGAAACGUAAUCCGCAGUUGUGCUCGUUCACCGUAAAUAAACUAUAUUCGGUGAUUUCGUCGAGUGUGAGUUUCUGGGUGCCCGGCAUGGUGAUGAUUAUCAUGUACUAUCGCAUCUAUAUGGAAGCUGACCGACAGGAGCGGAUGUUGUACAGGAGUAAAGUGGCGGCGGCGUUGCUCAACAAACACCUGCAGAUCAACGGCAUCUCGGCGGGGCUGACGUCGCUGCGGCAAUCCGUGGACGCGGAUUACACCGAGGUGAAGACGGAUCCGGGCACGAGCAAGAUGAAACGCGAACGCAAAGCCGCCCGCACACUCGGCAUCAUUGUUUCGGCAUUUCUUGCGUGCUGGCUGCCAUUUUUUCUUUGGUAUGUGAUAUCUACGCUAACAGAUUCGAAAACACCGGCGUCGAUUGUCACGCUGGUGUUUUGGGUAGGCUACUUUAAUUCAGCGCUGAAUCCACUCAUCUACGCCUACUUCAACCGAGAAUUCCGCGCUGCUUUCAAGAAGACGCUGCAGUCGUGCUGUGAAGCCGCCUCCAACGCGAUGCUUUGUUGCUGGCUGUGCCGUUCGCGCCGUGACCAAGUCAACUACAGUAAUGCAUCGAGUGACAUCCACAUGAACAAUCACGGCCUGCGUUCGGCCGACCAUCAUCAUCACUUUCAACAACAUAGAAGUACUGGAGGCGGUGGCGGUGUUGGAGGCGGCAGUGGUGGGUGUCAUUAUGUAGCCGCAGCUAGCGCGAAUGUCUCCGAAGGUGAAAUCAUCAAUCUGCAGACUCAGUGCGAGGCAGUGAUUUAAUUUAAUUUUUAUUUUUUUACAUCAAGAAAAGGUAAAUGAAUGAAUUAUUUAUUGAGUUUAUAAAUAAACGAAUUUACAUAUCAGAUUACGUUGUGAGAUUGGAAUUAAACGGCAGCAUGUGCCAAAUAAAUUAUACUUGGUUGUGAAUGAACUAAAAUCGCAACAAAAAGGUCGUUAAAAAUUCAUCAAGAAAACUUUGCGAUUGUAGGCAACCCAAACUACACUAGAACUUAUAUAUUAUUGCUUGCAUCAAGUUAUAACACUAGAUGUGCUGGUAAAUAUUGGGACCAUGAAAAAAUUAAAAAGCGUAAAGAUUUAGCAAAGAAAACCCCGUGUAGGUGAUGCCUAAAUAUUUAUUUUCGCUGAUUAAAAGCGCGAUUCAAUCAAAUCAGUUUUUAAGUUUAGAGUUUUUCCUUGCUUGCCGGUAAUAAUCAAUGCGCGCGCGUGCAAAGAAAUCGUUUCCGAGAUUAGCACUCGCAUCACGCUUUGUAUCAUCCCUUUGGGCGAAUUAAUUUCAUCCCUCUCGUCUUGCAUCCGCACAUCUAGGUGCUUACGCAUUCGAGCGAUACUCACAACGCCCGUGUGCGCGCGUGUUUUGCUUUUUUUUUAUUUUCUUUCGCUGCGCCUCGUUUCGCCUUUCAUUUAUUUUUUCAGCGUUUUUACACUUUUUCGCUUCCACGGCUGCUUUUAUAUCGCAAUGGCAGCCAAAGACGCGCCGCGGGGCAUGAAUAAGUAUAAGGACACACGGCGCUCGCCGAAAAAGAUUUCCUUUAUGGCAGCGCCGGACUACGCGCCUUCGGCGGAUCGGAAUAUAAAUCAAUGCCAGGGUUGAGUUUAAAAUCGCCCACACGUACCAAAAAAACACUUUCAGGUUAACGCAAACUAUGUUUGAAGCAUUCGGGGUUUAGGGUAGGCAACCCAAAAUACACUCAAAAAGUGCAAGAGCUAAUGAAGCGAAAACACUUGUGGAUUUAGGCCUGGACCUAAACCUAACCUUAAAAUAUGUGUAUCAUUCGAGAAUCAAUAUCAAUAUAAUAAUGUUUAGACUAAAUAAUUCAUCGUUCACCGCUGAAGUUGGUAAAUGUAAUAUUAGUUGCAUAAUCAAUAUUUUCCUGCGUCUCUCAGAUUGACUUCGUAUAAUGUAAGUACACUCACCUACUUAUUGAAGCAGUGAAACCUCCGUGAUUGAUAUUGGGUACAAUAUUCAAUAUUUGUUUUCGAAGCGUACUUACAACAGUGAAUACUAUAUUCCGUCAAGUUGUUAUACAAAAGUAAUUAACAUUUGCAACAUUCGCAUUCGUAUUUGCGUGGAAGAUAAAAAUCAAACUCACGUUGAGGUGUAUUGUUGGUUGCCUACAUUACUCCUAAUGACAUACUCGCAAUCUUGCAUCGUAUUUUAAAACAGACUCCCUUUUAUAUAUCUACAUAUUCGUGCGUCGUGAGAUAAACUUUGAUAACUCACUUUAAACGCCUUUCCGCCCGUUUUGAUGCGUACGUAUAUAGAUAUACACUUGGAACACGAUUUUCAGAACGUGAAACGUCGCUUCAUGGUUAUUCAUAAACACUUUCAAUCGCAAAUAAUGCGAACGCGCGAGCGCUCGCUUUUAAACAAUUCAGAACGUCGCGACGCCAGCGUCGAAUUUCCACCGGUGGAUGUCGACCCACAUUCUUUCGCACCGUCGAAUUGCGACAUGCAUUUUUUAUGCUCACACACAUCGCCGAACAAUAGCAUACAAUACCUUCAAUUCUUAGAUGAUAUACAGGGCGAUGCCAAAAACACACACGCAUAAAAAAUACGGUGGGAUAUAAAAAAUUGAAUAAUUCGCAUAUCAAAAACAAGCGUUGCGGAUAUGGAUAUGUGAAUAUGUCACUGGAGGGAAAUCUAUCGGGUCGUAUUGCGUCGUAAAAGAAAUUUUAUUCCUACUCUCACGUGCGUCCUCAAGAAAAACACGUUUUUUUUAUUUUAUUUUUUAUUCGGUUUGAAAUGAAGCAAUUUUUUAGAUAUAAAGUGAUUUAUUUAUUUUAUGGAAAUAAAAAAAUGUCAUCCGCUGGCUUUAGUUUUUAUCUCUAGAUGAUUUUUUUAUUAUUUUAUUUUUAAUUUAUGAGCGUAAAUCGCGUAAAUAAGCAAAUAAUAAAUCACGCUUACUUCCGCCCGACGCAGGUAGAAGUAAUCAUUCGUUAUCGUGCGCACAAGCAACACUUCUCUCCUCCUUCUUCAGCCGGAAUUCUGCAGGCGCGUAAAUAUGCAAAUCCGACACGAGAUGCACCUAAAUUUCAGCCGGCGACAGCUAUUGUUCGCACUAAAUCAUCAUCAACCUCCUGGCGCGCGCGCUGAAAAAAUAAAUACACUAAGUUUUAGUUAGUCUAAGUUAUUAUAGAUGUCACUAGUGUAUUCAAUCAUGUGAAUCCCCCGCUUGGCGCGCAACUCGAUGAACCCAACUAGGCCGCGUAAUUGCGCGCGCGAACGUCGCAACUUCCCGGAAAUGCCGGCUACGUCCAAAUUUGCAUACGACACGCUCAGGUACGCGAAGGUGACUUGCAAUUACGCGCCUCGAGUCAAAACCCUCUCUUCGCGUUGAAUAUUAAUGCCGCACAUUCAAAAACUACUAGAAUCGAAUCAAAAAAACUUUUCAAAUUCCUGCUAAAAUGUCGGAUUUUCUUUGAAAUUUUAAUCGAUAUCAAUCACUUAUGUAUGACUUGCUCUAGUUUUCAACUUGUUAACAAGUUAACAACUCAACUAUGAACACGGUUACAAUCUGAACAGAGCUGCUAUUAUAGGUUAUGUCAUAUGACACUAUAUAUGCUACCUUUUGUACACCUACGUAAUAAUUUAAGUUUGUGGUUUGCGCGUGGAAGUGAAACGCAAUAUUUAUAAUGCAUGACCCUUUAAUAUCCCUUCAAUUAACCGUUGAGGACCCUUCUAAUAACGCCGCGCAUAGAUAGUCAUUAAUAUUAAAUCGUAACCUAACAUAACCUAGAAAUAGAGAUGCGUUUAUUUCCGCCAUUAUAUUCGAUAUCAUUUGAUGUCGAUGAAUAUACGCGCGUUCGGCUUCCUUCUUCGAUGCGAUUUCGCAUUGUACGCCAUUAUUCACUAUUAUUCGCUAUUAUCAUUCAGCGCUGGUCGGCUUUGUGACGCGUUUCGCUUUUGUACAAAACACAUUCAUAUUACAUGAGGCAUUAAAUUAGCGAUAUUAUAAGGUUAAACGAUAGAAUUGCUGGGUUUUUAUAACCUAUUUGACAAUAGAUGGCGCCACCUAAAUGUUUUCUUGAUGUGGAUUUUUAAUGAUUUUUUUUUAUUCUACGACCAAAAUCAAUACGAUGCAAUUUCUGUAAUGCGACAAUGAAUUGUUUUCUAGGGCGUUUUUAGACGUAUUCAGUGCAAUCAAUGUUUGAUAAAAUUCUGUACAUAUUUCGAUAGUGACAUACAACACUAUACAUACCUAUUGCUAUGAGACGUUUUCGAUGUUUAUAAAUUAAUAUCAGUGUAUAAUAUUCUAUUGUGGAUAGAGAUCAAGUAUGCAAGUAAUAAAAUUGAUAAAAAUGGCAUAUGAGAUAUGCAACACUGUUUGCAAUGUGUUUAAUGUAUGCAACCAAUAUUACACUGCAAACAGUGUUGUUUAUCGUUCAAUUAAUUGAAACACUAUUGUUUUGCUAAUUAAAAUGUGCCAAUAUUAACUAAACGAAUAAACAAAAGUCGUUGACUUUAAUUAAAUAAUGAAAGACAUGCACAUUAAUUAAUAAAAUUGAACAAAACAGGGUGAAACAUGUUCAUGCAAUCAAAAUAUAAUGUUUAGACAUUGCUUUUAUUAUCGAAUUAUUUUUUUUUGUUUCUAACAAGAAUUACGAGCGUGUAAUUUACGCUUGUAAUAUGCAUUCAACGGCAAUCAAUAAAGUAGUGGUGACUAAUAAACUAUCUCAUUAAAUAAUGAGGAUAAAAAUAAGCUCGUUUUUGUUUAUUUGUCAAAAUGUCAAAGGUAAACACGACGAUCGCGUUAUGCAUAAUAUGUUCGUCCUUGCGCUGGAUUAGGCAACUCUCAACUUUGUUGUCAACAAAUAACUUUGACUCGGUCCUAAAACCGAUGAUGAUAAUACAAAUAACUAGUUACAACUUGUAGUAGCUUAAUGUGCACGGCCCGUAACAUCUUGUGAAGUGCUUCAAGGCUAAUAUAGGCAACCCAAAACACGUUACACAUAACCACACAGAGAUAAAACGCAAAAAAAAAAAAAACACGGCAAAAAUUGCUCAUCAAUCAUAUCAAAAUACAUUUUUUCGCCGUGAAACAUUACCCACACACACGAGUAAUUAAUUUUUCACAGCACAAAAAGCGAGUAAAAUUUAAUGAAUGAGCAAAAAAAGUUAAUGAAUGCCUAACAAAACAAAAAAUCGCACGUAAAAAGAAAUUACAGCGAAUUAAAAUAUACGCAUGAAUACGUAAAAAGAAACAAGAGCUUAUUUUUAUCACUUUAUCACAUUGUAAAAUGAAAGAAUGAUAAAAAAAAGAACGUAGCUGUCAGGAAACAAUUGCACACAAUUGUAGAAACAAAUUUAUUAAUUAAGCACCAGCAUAUACCUACAUUUCACUCACUUUAGUUAAAGGACAAAAGUUAUAUUUUUAGAUAAUAUCAGAAUUAUAAAAGUGUAUAUUUAAUGAAAAAUGGCUGUUUAGUGUGUAAUAUCUAGUAUUAGAGUGUUACAUAACGAUUCCUAGUCACAAUUUACAUUUAACUGAAUGUAUACAUUAUAUAAUCACUAAAAAAGCUCGAAUUAAAUCGGACAAUAUAAUAAUAUAGAGUAUUUAAGUGUGUAAUAUGUAAUAAAGUACAGAUUAUUAUUUUUUUAAUCGUUUUGUUACUAUUCUUGUACGAAACAUAUUAUAUAUGUUUGAUUAUAUCACCAUUCAAACGUUUAAGUUGUUAAGCAUUCUGAUAAUGAGCACGAUCUAAGGGUACAUAAUAUUUUAAGCAAAAGUAAAUAAAUCUAAAUGUAUAGAAAGUUCCACGACAAAACAAACAAUCAUUAACUGCAUAUUAAAGCGAAUGUGUCUACACUACGAUAUGAUGAAAAUAUAUAAAUAUAUAAAACGAGAGAAAUAGAUCUAUGAAGAUAUAUUAUGUAUAAUAAACGUUUAUAAAAAUCA